AUGGCCGCAGUAGCACAACCUGUUACACCAAUCCUCGUUUCGUCGAACGUUGCUCCUCCCAGCCAUCAACAAAUCUCACUGCCGCUCCGUCCGCUUCAAUGCGUCCAGUCCCUAUCAUCCCCGUCAUCGACGCAUCGCGCGAGUUACGCUAUCGAAACAGCUCCGGGCUUCACCGUAGCGAACACCUUUGGACUCCCUACGGACCACUCCACCAGCGAUAGCGCGUCUCGCCUUGACCACCUCCCAUUCACGCAGGUAGACUUUCCAGCAUACCCCUUGGACCUUGAAACUCCCGAUGUAGACACGUCGCAUACAAGCACGUUCCAGCCAUUGACGCCGCAAGCAGUCGGCUCUAUCGCGCUCCCACUGGAAACCCUCACCUCCAAUUUCUUCCUGUCCCCCGCCGCGAACGCCGGCGCAAGCCGCGCGAGAAACGGCGGGUGCGCCUUAGAGGCGGCGGUCGUGUGGGACGGCGCAACCUCGCAGACACCACCUCCUCUACCUUCCCCCCAUUAUUCAUCGCCCGCUGCUUACCCAUCGCCAGCGUACCCAUCACCCGCCGCUUAUCCAUCGCCCGCCGCGUACGCAUCGCCCGCAUACCCAUCGUCCGCGUUCUGGUCGCCGACGGGCCUGUCGCCUGGUUCCGCAGCCGCCGCUUUCGUGCAAUCCAUCAACGCGCACUCCCUAAACGCAGCAGCCGUCGCUUGCUUCUAUGGCGGCGGAUCGUCCGAGUCGCCCCUGUCCCUCCCCACGGGUAUGGACUUCGCGGCGUCGUUCCAUCCCGCUUAUCCUCUCGACCAUGGUUAUAUGGACGCUGAACGUGUUCCCCCUGUCGCCGCCACCGACGAAACCGCCGCCGCCGCCGCCGAAGCGCUCCCGCCAUUGCGCGACGAUGACGCGGAUGUUUUCACCGCGGCAGCGGCGGAAUUUCAGCAGGCCGCACUGUGGAAGCACGAGCAAGGAGAGGCGUUUGCAUGCGAAGCGCCGCUCAUCCCGCCGUGCAAUCCAGCGCAAGCGGCGGAAAGAGGAACAGAAAGUGGGCGGAGCACAGCCAUUGGCCGCCUAGUUCGCCUGCAAUCUCCGUCCCCUUUAGGGAAUAACGGAAAUGGCGCGUCUCCCUUCCUCCGAGCACGUGACAAUCGCCCGGGAACAGGACCAGGAACCGGACCAGGCCCAUCCAAGCUGGGAAUGACAAUGAGGAUAACCCCGGAAAGAUCCUCUAGUAAAACUUUCACCCGCAUUCCCAGUGGAAAGCGAGGAAGGAACUCUCUCACGCCACGCGCGACCACUCCGAGCAAUAGCGUGCCGCCCACACGCGCGGCGCCAGCUAGCAUCACGGCGGCUGCUGCAUCGAACGAGGAGGAGUUACUACUGCAGAGCUCAGCUGAUGAUGGAAUGCGGCCGUCUGAGGCAGACGACCACCAGCACUAUUACUACCACCAUGACGACGACUCAACUGGCCACCAGGACCCUGAAGCUUCCUGCUAUUACUACCUUCCAUUCGAGCCCUCAAAGUCUCCGCUUCAACGGUUUUCUGCGAUGGUUCAACCCACCCACCGGUUGGCUUGCUCUCAGGACCUUGCUGUGGAAGGAGAGGGAGGGGAAAGUGGAGGAGGAGAAGGUGGGGAAGCGGAAGGUGGGGAAGCGGAAAGUGGGGAAGGGGACGGGUACACGCUGGAGUGUGGGGAAGCAGAGGGGUUUGUGCUUGCAGGCAGCGGAGGUGACAGAGAGGAGUGUGGGGAAUACGGGCGGGAGGAAUCAGAGGGUUGCGAGAGAGAUGUUGAGGAGGACAGGGGCAAGGAGGAGGAGGAGGUAGCAGCAGGUGCCAUUAUUUCAGCAGGAGAUAAUGGCUCCUCGCUUGCCACUACCGCGGCCCUCCCAGAGCAACUGAGCCUGCAGACCACCUCGGGGUUGAUCCACGUGCAGACGCCAGUGGUGCCCACUUCCCUGCCGUUGUUCACGCUGCAAGACAUGAACAUCAAGUUCAGGGGCGUUGCAGCAGGCACGGCCAGGGUGGUCACGCCUAUGGGUCAUGAAGCUGCCACGUGCCACGGGUGCUCCGUGCUCGACCGCCUACUGCACACCAACGGUCUGUAUGACACGCGUCUGGAGGUGCAUAUGGGGGCAGGCAGCGAUGCAGACGUGCAUGCUGUGCUGCUCACACGUUUCAGCUCCCAUGAACAAGCAGAGGCAGGGGCGAGGCGAGGGGCGGAGCGGCACGGCAGCAGCAGCAUGAGCAACGCCGUGUGGAGUGCCAAUGGGUGCCACCCCCGGCCUGUGAUGCGCAGCAGGACUGAUACUCUCUUUGGCAGGAGCAGGGACGGAAACAUGAGGAGCAGUCAGGGAGAGGCAGCGACCGAGGUGGGAGAAGGAGGGGAGAGAGAGGAAGGGGAGGAGGAAGGAGGAGACGGGGAGGAGAGGGAGGAGGGGGUGGGUGAGGGAGAAGAAGAGGGAGAUGAAGAGGAGGCGGAGGGCGACGAGGAGUAUGAGGGAGAGGAGGAGGAGGGGGGAGGUAUGGUGGAGCGUCCGAGGGGGGGAUCAGACGCCUCUGUGAAUAUGGGCCGCAUUCAGCUGCCCGACCUAGCGAAACAUUUCCACCUGCCCAUCAACGAGGCUGCCCGGGAGCUGGGCAUCUGCCCAACGGUUCUGAAAAAGAUUUGCCGGCGCCAUGGCAUGCGGAGGUGGCCGCAUCGCAAGAUCCGCAGCAUAGAGCGCAUCAUAGCGACUCUAGAGGAAACGAUAGCCGGAGGGGCCCCAGCAGACGAGAGCAUUCUGCGGGAGAUCAAGUCGCUCAAGGAGGAGAAGAAGAGGCUGUGCGACGGGCACCUAGGAGACCUGUGA